AUGUGUGGCAUCUUUUGUCUUUUGAGUCCCUCGCCUGCGCAUGUGAAGCAAGACGAUGCAGUGUUUGAACAUUUGAAAAGGAGGGGGCCCAACUCGAGCAAGGAUUGCCUCAUUACUGGUUCGAAUCAUCGCUACCAGUGUUUCUUUUCGGCCCAUGUACUUCACAUGAGAGGUCUUCUGACGCCUCAGCCAAUUGAAGACAAAACCGGAAACGUUUUGGUGUGGAAUGGGGAAAUUUUUGGAGGCUUACAAGUGUUGCCGUCCCAGAAUGACACAGCUGUUGUUUUGGAGCGUCUGUCAUCCUGCGGCAGCUCUUCAGAGAUUUUGUCUGUCCUUUCCACUAUAAGGGGACCGUGGGCGUUUGUUUACUACCAAAAAUCUGAAGACUACCUGUGGUUUGGGAGAGAUUACUUCGGCAGACGCAGUUUGCUAUGGAAAUAUGAUGCAGAAAUAAAAGCCCUGACUCUGACCUCUGUGGCAGGCAACACUUCUGGACCUGGUCAGUCUGUAUGGCAAGAAGUCCCGGCAGUUGGUGUGUACAGGAUUGACCUUAAUGCAGUUUUUGAAUCUGGAUCAUUUUCAAUACAGCUUUAUUCUUGGUCUCAUGCAGAUGAUUUUGUUUCUACCUAUCUGGAAACUACACAGGAUUUAGUCCCUCGCAGCUGCACAGUUUUGAUGAACCCGUCAGGUCUGCUCAGCUCACCCAUUAGUCCUCUCAAUAGGUCGACCCCAAAGAUGUUGAAUGAGCAUGAAAAAAUAUUAGAGCAACAUUCAAGUGUUGAGGAUCUUGAGCAGCUUUUAGGCAAAUUCAAGAAAAGCGAUGAGGUGAAAGGGCUUAUUGAUGUUCUCAGCGAAUCCGUAAGACGACGUGUUCAGUCUUUUCCCCUCAGCACACAGAAUCACUCUGAGACCAAUGACCAGGCGCCUGUUGCCAUACUUUUCUCAGGCGGUAUCGAUUCUAUGAUUCUAGCUGUUCUGGCAGAUUUUCACACACCUGCUCAUCAACCAAUAGAUCUUCUAAACGUAGCUUUUCAACUUCAAGCACCAAAGGUGCAGAAAGAGGUGACAAAGAAACAAAAGACCAAAAAUAAGUUGUCUCAGGGUAAACAGACGGACGGCGCCGAAUCACAAACAUCCAGCCCCUUUGACGUCCCAGAUAGAAUUACUGGCAAAUCAGGGCUCAAGGAGUUACAGGACUUGGCUCCUGAAAGACGAUGGAAUUUUGUGGAAGUCAAUGUAACUCAAGAGGAGCUGCAGAGAUGGCGGCAUGGGCGGGUCUGUCAGCUGGUGCAUCCACUGGACACCGUGCUUGAUGACAGCAUUGGCUGUGCUGUGUGGUUUGCAGCAAGAGGCACAGGGUUCAUCACAGAAGACAAUAACCAGAGGAUCUUCACAUCAUCAGCCAAGGUCGUUUUGACAGGAAUUGGGGCAGAUGAGCAGCUAGCAGGUUACUCAAGACACAGAAUGAGAUUCAAGACAUCAGGACAUGAAGGACUGAUCCAGGAAAUCGCUAUGGAGCUGAGUAGGAUCUCUUCCAGGAAUUUGGGCAGAGAUGACAGGGUGAUUGCAGACCAUGGAAAAGAGGCUAGGUUUCCCUACUUGGACGAGAGUGUGGUGAGUUAUUUGAAUUCCCUGCCCAUGUGGGAGAAGGCAGAUCUGUCACUUCCCCGAGGUGUCGGUGAAAAACUCCUCCUCAGACUGGCCGCGAGACAGCUCGGCCUCGGCUCGUCUGCCGUCUUGCCCAAGAGAGCCAUGCAGUUCGGCUCCCGCAUUGCAAAGAUGGAGAACAGCCGGGAGAAGGCCUCUGACAGAUGCAAAAGGCUCCUAAUGGAGUAGGCAUUGUUUAUUCCUACCAACAAUAAUUUUAGUCAAAUAAAAACAUGUUUUUGG